AUGUCCAUAACUGAAAAUAAUGAACCACACCGGGUCCUCCUUGUCAGUGUACCACGCACCGCCUCGAAUCUACUCCUGAAAAUCCUCAACAUCCCCAACCAACCCGGUGUCGUCACCAACCCCCAAAGCGGUUACUUCUUCUACGAUGCCUUCAUGAAAGCAGGCCAGGACGGUCGCCUAGACAAGCCGCUAGAGGAAUGGACAACAGAGGCGAAGAACGAGACCAAAGCCGCCUUCCAACAUAGCCUCGACGAACUAGAAGCCUACUCCGCCCGAGCACGUGCCGAGAACAAGAUAAUGUUCGCCAAAGAACACGCCUUCUGGUUUAUCAACCCGGGCAAUUUCACGAGCACCAUCAAUGGCGCUGGAAUCUCCGAACACUUGAAAGAGUUCAACGUAUCCACGCCAGACCGCUACGGGCCCUCACAGACUUUCUCGCCCAAUAACAAAACCAUCAUGCCGGACGAAUACCUGCGCACCUGGCAGAUAGUCUUCAUCAUCCGUCACCCAGCACUAGCUUGGCCAUCGAUGUACCGGGCUAUGGUCAAGUUGUCCAAGGUCGGUGUCAUUGACAAUGAUCGUGUGAGGGGUGCGACGGUCACGAAUAUGACCCUGCAAUGGACGCGGAAAUUGUUCGACUGGUGUCUGGAGCAACCGGAUAAGCCUGUCACGCCUUUGGUCAUCGAUGCAAAUGAUAUUAUUCAUAACCCCCAUGCGGUGGUCAAGUUCUGUGAGCAGGCGGGUCUGGACACCGCAUCCAUGCAGUUUGAGUGGAAUGGCGAUGAGAAGAAGUCUGACAACUGGGCGCCUGUGAGUGCGAACAUGAGUAAUCCUGAGGAAGCGGAGAGGCGUAAUGCUGCUGCUUCCAUCAUGUUGUCGACCUUGGAGGAGUCGACCGGCGUUGUUAAGGAUAAGGCUCCUGCAUCGGUUGAUGUAGAUGGGGAGGUUGCUAAGUGGCGUGUUGAGUUCGGGGAUGAGGUUGCCGAGAUGCUUGAGAAGACUACCCGGGAUUCCAUGCCGGAUUAUGAGUAUUUGAAGGCCAACAGAGUUACUGCCUAA